CACUCACUGGCUUUAAUUUGUGUUAUCUGGAACCAGGAAGUCCUAAAAUGUUGCAUUACACACUAGUCACACAUCUUCUGCCUGCCUCAAACCCAUCUAAAUGUUCUUAGUUUUUCCUCAAAAAUAAAAUCAUAGUUUGGAUCAGGAGCCAUAUUUUUACCCAAUUAUUCACUGUCAAAUUUAUUUGCUUCUCUGGGUCCCCUUGAGAAACAAGCCAACUUAUUCCUUCAUUCUACCCAGUUAAAGUCCUGAAAGAAUAGGUGAAUACACAUCUUUUUUUUUUUUUUGAGCUCGUCGUUAAGUAAACUAGCUAACACCCUUGAGCGUCCACCAGGAGGCGCCCGGGGCGUCGAAAGACCUGCGGUGGAGAGGCGGCGAUGGAUGCAGCAGCGAUGGAACCCGGCAUCCUUUUUUAAGAAUCAGCGUGAGGGAAGGGAGCAGAGCUGCGUUAUUUUAGGGAGACCUUGUCGCACUCCCCCUCUCGCGUGUAGGUAGCGUCUAGGGUGUGUGCGGGCCCCAUGGAGAGACGCUGGCGGUGGCUGCGGUGGCAGCUGGGGCUCCUAUCGCAGCUGCAGCCGGCAGUAACCCGACCCCGCCAGCGCAGGGACUGAAGAGGCGCAAGAGACAGCGGCGAGCUGCGAACAAAAGCCCUCGGCGCGGAGCCCGAGCCUGGGACCCGCGAGACUCCACAAAAGGACAGGGCCCAGCCAUGGUGGACCCCGUGCCUGAAGAGGAGAAGGCGGGAGCUGAGCCCGGAGGCUCGGGUGGGGACGGAGCCGGCGCGUCUGUGCCCCCUGACGCCCAAGGCGCCCAGCAGCCUGCGGCCUCUUCGGCCUCGGCCUCGGCCUCUGCGGCGGUGCCCCGCAAGGGUGAAGUCCCGUGCGCAGCAGAAGGCGGGCGGCGGGAGCAGUCCCCGCUGCUACACCUCGAUCUCUUCAACUUCGACUGUCCGGAGGCCGAGGGCAGUCGCUACGUGCUGACCAGCCCCCGCUCGCUAGAGGCCUGCGCCCGCUGCGCGGUCAAGCCGGUGGAGCUGCUGCCACGGGCCCUGGCGGACCUGGUGCGCGAGGCCCCCGGCCGCUCCAUGCGAGUGGCCACGGGUCUGUACGAGGCCUACGAGGCGGAGCGGCGCGCCAAGCUGCAGCAGUGCCGGGCCGAGCGCGAGCGCAUCGUGCGCGAGGAGAAGCGGCGCCUCUUCACGCCGCUGGGCCCCGCAGCCGCCGCGGCCCCGGCCCCCAGCGCGGGCAGCAGCAGCAGCUGCAGCAGCGCCAGUCUGCCGGCCUCGCCCGCGCCGCGUGCCGCCCGCAAGGCCUCCUCCAGUCCUUCUCCGGCCCGGACCCAACCUCCGCCCGCGGCUUCGCGGGCGGGUAGGAAGAGCCAUUCGCUAGACUCGCUGUCCCGCCGGCGCGAGGGCGCCCUCAGCUCCGAGUCCGGCGCGUCAUCGUCGUCCUACAGCGGGGAGAGCCUGCGGGAGCUGCGCUGGCCGCCGCGGGCCCCGGCCAGGAACAGCUGCCCGGCGGGGUCCGCGUCCUCCGCCCUCAACCCUCUGGGCCGCCCGUCCGCCCUGGCCCUGGUUCCGCUCACCGGCCGCAGCUUCAGCCUCGGAGACCUGAGCCACUCGCCGCAGACGGCUCAGCACGUGGAGCGCAUCGUGCGCCAAGUACGCGCCGAGCGGGGCCUGCGCGGGGUGCCCGAGCGCGACCGCAAGAUCGCGGCGCUGAUGCUGGCGCGGCACCAGGAGGAGCGCCUGUUGCUGGAGCAGCGCGCCGCAGCCCACGGCCAGUGGGAGCAGCAGCGUGUGCGCGCCGAACAGCGGCGGGAGCGCGAGGAGCGCGAGAAGCAGCGCGCCCUGGAGCAGGGCCGCCGGGCCUGGGCCGCGCAGGUGGAGGAGCGGCGCGGCCGCCGGGGCCGCGAGGAGCGCGAGGCGGCGCGGCGGCGGCAGCGGCAGUGCGAGCGCAGCGAGGAGCGGCGGCGGGAGCUGGCCGAGCGCCAGGGCCUGCUGCGGCGCGAGCGGGCGGAGCGCGCGGCCCGGGAGGACCGGCUGCGCAAGUUGCAGCAGGAGCAGAACCUGAAGCAGCGGGAGGAGGGCCUGCAGGAAGGGCGGGAGCGCGCGGAGCAGGUCCGCAGGGAGCGCGCCCAGCGCGCAGCCCGCGCCAAGCAGCGGCAGGAGGGCCAGCUACAGCGGGAGAAGCGGGAGCUGAGCCGGGCCGAGCGGGCGCGCCACGAGGCGCUGCUGCAAGGCCGGGCCCGGCAGGAGCACGAGGAGCGAGAGGGCCUGCGGAGCUCCCUGGAGGCCAGUUUGGGCCGCGCGCAGGAGAACUACGAGCAGUUGGUGGAGCAGCGCACCCGGGAGCUGCGCGAGCGGGCCCGGCGGGAGGAGCUGCAGGGCCGGCGGGCCAAGGAGGCUGCCGAGCGCAAAGAGCGGGAGCAUCAGGCACACCUGGAGGCGCUAGCCCGGGCAGGGGAGCGGCGGCUGCAGCACGCGGCGCAGGCGGCCGAGGAGGCGGUGCAGCAGAAGGCACGGCGCGUGGGCCAGAGCCGGUUGGAGAAGGAGCGGACCCAGCGCGCCAACAAGGAGAAGGUGGAGAGGGACGAAGACUGCCGCCGGCAGGAGCUGCUCCAAGCCAUCGGGCGCAAGCUGGAGCGCAGCGAGCAGCUGUCGCGGGAGCGACGUAGCGCGCUGGAGAGCGCACGCUCCACAGCCCGGGCCUCUUUCCACGUGCGUGAGAAGGUGCGAGAGGAGACCAACACGCGCUCCUUCGACCGCAUGGUGCGCGAGGCCCAGCUGCACGCCAGCCUGGACCGCAAAUGACCGCAGCCCUGCGCUGGCCAGACAGCCACGCUCAGCCCGGGCGCGUCCCUUGGCCACUUUGCCCAGACUGUGGGAGUCCCCCGGCCCAGCACCGUGGCCCGCCAGGCUUCUAACCAAUGAGGCGUUGAAAGGAUGGAUGUGCCAGACCUGUCAGUCCGCCGCCUUUGUUUUUAAAAACUGACUUUGUAGAAGACGUAGCACAAUCUGACCACAUCCCCCCUUGGUGGCUCUCGCACUGGCCCUUACCAAGCUCCCCUCUGUGUCUUUUGGGUUGGAAUAGAAAAGAGCUGGGAGAAAGGGGCUGGGUCGGGAGUGGGGGGAGGGCCCCCGGAGGCUAGAGAGUGCAGCGGUGAUUGUCCCCUUCUGCAACGGUCACCCCAGUCGCCUUUCCCACCUUGGUGUCUCCGACUGUGGUCACUGCAGCUAAGGAGGCAUAUCCCCGGCUUGCCUCGGGCUCUUAAAAUAGGGCAAGUUGCACAAGGCUUGGAGGGCUUGCAGAAAAGUACAACCCUCCCAAGGUGUUAGGCCACAAGUGACCCGAAAAGCUGUUGAUCUUUGUGCGGUUGACUUUUAGUCUGCCACGUGAACAAAUUCUUGUCUUAGUUCUGGUAGUUUUUCGUUCGUUCCUAGGUGUUCUAGUUAGACAAUCAUACGCAAAUACUGAUCAAUUUGUAUUUUUUUCUCCCUCCUUAUUCUCCCAAGUGACCCAAGAAACCGGUGGGUUUGGUGGUGCUGUUUAGCUUUAGUGGAAGGCCCCAGCCCGGGGGGAGGUGGGUCCCUGAGGCAGCAGUGUUCCACCGGGUCACACUUUCUUACAGGGUAGUUUCAGGGGCAGUGGUGUCUGACACCCACCUUCCGGUGUGGAGCCCACUCCUCGCAGGCAGCAGCCAUGCCUUAAGAAGCAGAGCUACCUGAUGUGCCUGCCCGGGCCAAGCCUGCCUAGUUAUCCACCCUGGAUGCCGUCCUGAGGGUGGGCCCCAGAGAGUUUGGAGUGCAGGAUUCCCUCUGUGAAGGAAUCGUCACCACCGCUCCCGGGGCCAUUUCCUGUGGUGGCUCAAGAGCUGGAAUGGCCUCUUUGCUGUUGAGAGUUGUGCUCGUUAUUGUUGGUAGUGUGGCUUCUCCUCCUCCCCUCCCCCAUGUGACGAAAAAGGGAGUCUCCCCCUUAAAUGCCUGGUUCCCUCUCACCGAUGACUGAAAGGAUUUAAUUGGUCUCUCCAUGCCUCACCUUCCCCGUUAGCCAGAUGGGGCCAUCAGUACUCUUCUGGUACCUUGAGGUCUCCUGGAUCCAAAGCACCACCUCAGUAUUAUUUGCUGGUCUUCUUUGUGCCUUUCUUGACCUGGAGUUGGGAGGCAGGAGGGCUGCUGUUGGCCUAGGCUAUUUCUGGGAAUAAGGAUUCUUAGCAUUGGAAGUGUCGGUGCUUCAUGAACAGAUGGUCAUUUAGCCUCUAGGGGGAAAGACUUACAAGGCCAGGUCACUCCCUGGUCCCAAAAGUCCUGUUCGGUUGUCUUCAGGCAACUUUAGCCCUUAGAGUGCUCCCCUUCCGUGAAGCCAAAAUCAGCCCCCAGCCAUAUCCACCCAGUGACUCUGCCUUCAGCAGGGAAGGUGGAAGUAAGACAUUACUUUUUACAUUAAACCAGGAUCAGGAAAUAAAGGUUACCAAAAAAAAAAAAAAGAGAAUCAGGGUAGACAACUACUAUACGAGAUGUAUUUCAUGUAUAUUCUGCUGGGCAGAAUUGUUCCUAAAAUGUUUGGUAAUACACACACAUCCACUCCAUCAGCACCCCUGCUCCCCAAUCACAUGCCAGCAGGUACAAGCAUAGCGUGUAGAAGGAAACAGUGCUUAGGUGUCACACUGCAGAGGUUGCAAAACCGGGAAGGAGCUGUGCCAGGGUUUGUUUCUUGAAUGGGUGAAUUUUUCCCUGGUCAGUAACCAGGUUGUCAGUGAUCUGUAGUAAUUGUCAUUGUCUGUGAGUCAGGGGCAUUUCACUGAAAAGUUAAUGUGGUCCUGGUUCUUAUCUUGUGGUUCCUGAUUUGCUACAGGGCUUUUGAAGCCUGAAUAGAAAGUUCUGCCUAAAACUACUGACCUCCAAAGUAUAUGCAUUCAUUUGAGAGGGACACAAUCUGGCGUUUUGGAUAAGGUGCUGUAGGUACAUAGGUGACCUUCCCUGGUUCUCUGUUCGGUUUGUUUUCUGACUUCCUGAGUGACUUUGGGUGGAUCACCUCUCUGGACCUUGGUUUCCGCCCCCUGUAGAAAGGCGAUCGUGGUCUCCGCCCUCCCUCUCACACCAACAGUGUGAGGAUGAGUCAGAAUCAAAGUGGUGCUCCCAGUUCCCUGACUUUGGAACUGCUGGUGCAAUCGGUAUAAACAGAAAGGACCCUGUGACUGUACUGUCUAGAGAGUGUAACGUACUGUCGUGACCUAGUGCAGAAAGGAAUGCCCUUGAAAAGCACAUUGCAGAUCAUAGGGUCAGAUGUGAUGCAAAGAUUCAAGUCUGAACGUCACCAAAUUAGAGGUUUUCGCUUAGAGAACAGCACUAUGUAAAGUCAAAAACUUUUGGAUUCUUUAAAAAAUCCAUGUAGCUAAGUGGAAUUGAAACAAAAACAGAAGCGAAACCUGGUAAAGACUGGUUCCUCCAAAUUUCAGAUCAUCCUCUAGAAUAUAGACCCAUCUCUAAGUUCUAGGAUAAUUGGUCAUGUUGCUUUUUGAGGAGGAGCAAUUUCUAGAAUCCUUUGUUGGCCCUUUUAUUUAUAUUCUUCUCUUUGAAGUGAUGCCAGAGAGGAAGUGUUUCUCAUUCCGAAAUGCAGCAAGAGAAAAUUAGAGGGGUGGGGGCAGUGGGGAUCACAGAUGGAGAAAGGCUUGCUUCUCCUGAUGUGAACAUUCUCACAAGUACCUGGAAUCUGCGCACCAGGCUGGAAGUUUUCUUACCGUCCAGGAGAUUGCAGUCUUGAAAUGGCCACAGGCAUUCACGUUUGCCCUCUUGGAACCUGCUCUUGCUCAGAGAAGGGAGAAGGUGAAGUGGGGUGAGGAGGCAUGGGAAGCGUUGGAAGAACUUUAGUUUGAUUCAUUACCAAGGAAACAAGCAGAACAAAACCGUUUCAGGGGGAAUCGUCGGUGAAGCUAGCCCCGUGUCCUGCUCAGGCCAUGACCAAUGCCUACAGCACACCUGAACUGGAAGAUGGAAGUUUCCUUUUGGAAGCACACAAACUGAGUCUUCAGUGGGAGCAGUAAGCAGGAUUCGCCAAAGGUGAAGAGUCUGUGAGGUCGUGAAGGCGUAUGUGAAUGCAGUUUGUGUUCGGGCCAUUCUGUGAAGCUCACCUCUUAUCGUUCCUUCUCCUUCAAAAAGUCCAUGGAAACAGAGGGGUGACCAACUCUACAUAAGGGGCUCUAUCUUUUUUACCAUUGAAUCCUCGGUAGUCCAUGAUUUAGCCCCUGCCAUAUGGUAAGCACAUGAAUACUGAAUGGAGAAAGGGGUAGACGACGGAUGGAUGAUGGACAAGUGAAUGGUAACCAGAGGGAAUCUGUAUAGAAUAGAUCGGGUGGGCAGGCCUUGAUUCAUUUGACAAAUUUGUAUUGAGUGUCUGCUCUGUGCCAGGCACUGCUCUUGGUCCUGGGAAGACGGAGUCUCUCUGAUCAUUGACCCUGGGGACCAGUUAUGCUGCAAUGUCAUGAGCAGAUGCCUUUAUUUCCCCACUGGGCUUAACUACCUUCCCACGCUGGUUUCCAUGCACAUGCAGACCUGAUGGUCCUUCAAGCACAAACUUCAAGACUUUUCAGGUUCCUGGGCACACGCCAUCCUCCAACCAACCAUCAUCUAAUCAUGUUGUUCUCUUUCCCUUGGAGGAGUCUUGACUAAUCAGGUCAAACUCAUAAGGUCAUGUACUUAAUCAGCUUUAAAUUACAGUAAAAAGAGAGAGAGAGAGAUUAAUUACCUCCAAGGGCAUUAUUUGUCCUGCCUUUAAUGGAUGCAGCGUCAAUAAUGAUUGUUGACCUAGAGAACUGAGCCUCAGGCUGUGCAGAGUCCCAGAUCACCAAAACAGGGUACCCACUCCAUCAUUUGACUGUUCUUGCUGAGACAAGAAACUCAUUUCUGAAGCAUUCCCAGUUUUAAAGCCCCAACAAAAAGAGAUUUGUGAUCGAUCCUAACUCGAUGAGAAAGUUUAGUGAAUCAGAAUAUCCCACUUCUUAAGACAUCCAGGUGGUGGAGGUCACCCACAGGUGGCUAUGUGGACUUGCCUUUUCUCCACCGUAUGACUCCAUCUCCACCCUGCACAUCCCAGAGAGACGUUCGGCAGAGGAGCAUAAGGAAAGCUGGCAUUUCUUGACACAUCUGGAAAGGGACUUUCAGGAACCUGGCAGAUAACUCUCAGUUCUGGAAAUGUUGUUCAGGCCUUAUAUGUGACACUUUGGCUUUGGGUGUCUGAGGCAGAACCUGCAGUAUUACUCCUGAUCACAUGCUUUAGUUACAUGACUCUGGACAAAAGAGCGCUUCGUCUGCUCACAUAUGUGCUCUGCUCCAUGGAUUUCUGGUGCUCUCUCUACAUGCGCCUCCUCACAGCCCCGUGCAGACCCCCACACGCCCCAGCCCUUCAUACUGUCUCUGCUGCCACUUGGGCUUCACCUAGGUUAGGGCUGGGACAGAGGGUGGAGUUGGUAGGGUAUAGAAGGGGAGGGUGGUUUUUCUCAGAGGAACACUGGUCUUCACUGUUUGCAGUAUUGUUACUUCCUGAUUCAUGAAACACUGUCAUGUCCUACGUGAGCACAAAAACCUAGUCCAAAGUGAUUUUGAAGUCUUCCUGCCUGUCUUCCUCUCCACCAGUAUAGUACUGACGGCAUGUUUUUGUGUCAGAUGCUUGCACAAUUCACGGGAUUGUCAAAAAGAUGAUCCAGAUCUACUCCUUCUUUGAGUGUGCAUGUGCAUACACAAACACACGUACACAUACGUGCACACACACACACGCUCCUACUGAUCCCAGCAUCAGCAUUCUAACAGAGGGAAGGAAACUAGCCAUCUGAUUCUUCCAGGGAAGGAUAAGUGCUGGGAAAAUUGAGCUGCCCCUUGGUGGGGGUCCAUUGAUUGCACCUACCUCCAGCCCCAAGUCUGCUCCAGGCUCUGGCCUGUAAGUGUGGUGUCCAUGUUUCCCAAAUCCGUCAUUGAGCCACGUGGAUGACAGAGGGUUUUCAUGCUGCCACUACAUUUCUCCUUCUGCCUACGUAGUGUGAGAGACUGACUGGGAAAUGGAAUUUGGAUGCCAAAAUGUUGACAUUCGGAACAUUUCAGUGUGACAGAAUGACUGAUAUCUACAAAGUUUUGAAAAUCAAGUCCAUGUGGUUAGGCUUCAAGGCAAAGCAUUUGGCAAAGGAGCAAGCGUCUUGACUUAUUCAAACUAUUACCUACUGUUCCACACGCCCCUCUUGCCAUCUGUAAAAUGGGGACAGUAAAUCCUACUUGGUGGGGACUUGUGAAAUGAGUUACUGCUUGGGCAGCAGCGCAGUCCCUGGCACAUAGCACUCAAUUUGUGGAUACUGUGAUUCUGAACUUGGGAGGGUGGUAAAGGAAGGGAUGGGGUAGUUGGACUUCAGCCAGGUGGUCCUAGUGGACCAGGCUUGGAUGGCAGCCCUUUGCGGUUGUGCGUGUCCCUUGCUGUGUGGCAAUCCCCCAGCCAUUCCAAGGAAGGGGCCCUGGAAUUAUGGUUCUCCAGGAAUGUGAAAUUGUCUAGGUUUGGGGGAGGGGAAGGGAUUACCUUGUUCACCAAAUGUUUGGCAAUAAAAUUGACACCUGAUAUCA